AGUGAACAGAAGACGAACGACUUUUAUGGUAAAAUUGAGAAUAUACGGCCAGGGCCUAGAUUUAAUCAUAUUUCUUUGAAGAAAGGCGAGAUUUGACAAAAUUCCGUAUUACACUGUCAAUUUUUUUGACAUAUGUAUUUAAUUAUCAACUUUGACGGAGAAAUAUGAUAGCUUAAUACCUGCCUAACGGAUUGACUGUUGUUUACAAACAGAGCGUUGGUUGUUUUGGUGUUCAUAUGGUUGUGUGAAUGGUAUGAUGCGGAAGGAUUGUGUAGUGUAUUGCUGAUUCUGAAGACGAAACACGAAGAAAAUGGGGAGAGGAAUUGAAAAUCAGAACCCGGUUUUGGAUGUCAUUAUGGAUGAUUUGCCAAAUCACCCUCAGUGCCCACAUGGUCCAAUGCUGCUAUUUGCACAAAAGAACAGGAAGUUCUAUGCUUGUUCUGCAUGCAGAGAUAGAAAGUUGUGUCCGUAUUUCAUUCAGUAUGGGACUGAAGUUAGUGCAGCACAUCUUUUAUCUUGUGCUGCUGAACGAGAGAAAUUGGAACCUGCAAGCAAUAUUGAUAUUUUGCGCCAGAAAGUUGUUAAAUUGCUAAAGAAGAAAAAGAAAGUGGAUUACUGUCAUUCUUGUGAAUGUUUUGUACUUGGUUCUGAGGAACAGGGUCACAGUCAGCAUGAAGUUACAGCCAACAUAACCUUUCACCAUUUUACACACCCAUCUGAGCUACUGAAACCCUCAGAGAGGGACAAAAAAGAGGCUCAGUACCUGUUUUCCUCCAGUGCAGUAUCAGUAAUACUGAACUUAGCACAGAAAAAUAAUUUGAGGAAACUGCUCUGUAUUGGGUCACCACGGGUACAUGAGUACGUAAACAGUUCUGAUUACCGGAACAUGCACAGUCUGCUUCUUGACAUAGACACUAGAUACCAUAGCUUUCACAGUCGAGAUAAAUUCUGCUGGUACAAUUCAUUUAACAACUACUUCUUUGACUCCUCUUGCUUGGAAGAAGUACUGAAGCCUUUCUUACUAACGGACGCCAAUGAUGGCAUUUUAUUGGUACUUGACCCACCUUUUGGUGGCAGAAUGGAGCCUUUGGCAUACUCUAUCAAUGAGAUGCGCAAACUGCAUCAGGAAGUUAAUGAGCACCUGCAAAACCCUACGUUUAAAGUUGUCUGGGUAUGUCCAUAUUUCAUGGAACCAUACAUACUUGAUGCCUGUCCAAAGUUGCGCAUGUUGGACUACAAAGUUUAUUAUGAGAACCACCCUCUGUUCUCUCAAGGUUCUAAAAUUAUGAAGAAGGGAUCACCUGUACGGAUUUUCACUGACAUCCCACUAGAGAAAUGUGAAUUACCAGCAGAAGAAGGAUACCGGUUCUGCCCUGUAUGUAGACAGUGGUCUAGUCAGGAGAACAAGCAUUGCACUUAUUGCAACAAGUGUACUUCAAAGAAUGGGACAACUUAUGAGCAUUGCUUUAAGUGCGACAGAUGUGUGAAACCUUCUUGGAAGCACUGUAACACAUGUGGACGCUGUUGCCUAACUAAUCACAAAUGUGGAACUUUUGUUCCUUCUGGUGUUUGUUACCACUGUGGUGGUGAAGGACACAGGAAAGGCAACUGUCCACAGAAUGAGAAACUUGCUACAAAAAGGAAAAAAAGAAAAGUGAAGUAUCACCCAAAGGAGACACCUGAAGUCAUUGUAAAUACGAAUGAAAAGAAAACUAAAGUACAAAAUAAAAGGAAAAGAUUGUAACAUUUCUUUACUGUAUUUCAAUUUAAUUUGUAAAUAAAGAGCUUUGAAUAUCUA